ACGCAGCCUCGCAGAGAGGAAGUGACGUUUCGCUUUGGCGACGUGGAAGUAGAUUCUGUUUGUGCUAGCGUUCGACACAGCGUCAAUACGAGAAAAAAAUGAUUAAAAAAUUUGAUAAGAAAGACGAGGAGGCCGGAAGCGGCUCAAACCCUUUCCAGCACCUGGAGAAGAGUGCAGUGCUACAGGAGGCACGCAUCUUCAAUGAGACUCCCAUCAACCCGAGAAGAUGUCUCCACAUUCUCACCAAGAUUAUCUACCUUCUUAACCAGGGAGAGCAUUUUGGGACCACAGAGGCCACAGAAGCCUUCUUUGCAAUGACCAGACUCUUUCAGUCCAAUGAUCAAACUCUGAGGAGGAUGUGCUAUUUGACCAUCAAAGAGAUGGCCAACAUCUCUGAAGAUGUCAUCAUUGUUACCAGCAGUCUGACCAAAGACAUGACAGGGAAAGAAGACGUGUACCGAGGACCAGCCAUCAGAGCCCUGUGCAGGAUUACAGAUACCACCAUGCUGCAGGCCAUCGAGAGGUACAUGAAGCAGGCGAUUGUGGACAAAGUGCCCAGUGUGUCCAGUUCAGCUCUGGUCUCUUCACUGCACAUGGUGAAGAUGAGCUACGAUGUGGUGAAGCGUUGGGUGAACGAAGCCCAAGAAGCUGCUUCCAGUGACAACAUCAUGGUGCAGUACCACGCCCUGGGCCUGUUGUACCACCUCAGGAAGAACGAUCGCCUUGCGGUGACCAAAAUGCUCAACAAGUUCACAAAAUGUGGUCUCAAGUCUCCGUUUGCAUACUGCAUGCUAAUCCGGAUUGCCAGUAAACUGCUGGAGGAGACCGAGGGCGGCCACGACAGUCCCUUGUUUGAUUUCAUCGAGAGCUGCCUGAGGAACAAGAACGAGAUGGUGGUGUACGAGGCCGCCUCCGCCAUCGUCCACAUGCCAAACUGCACUGCCAGAGAGCUGGCUCCUGCUGUGUCAGUCCUGCAGCUCUUCUGCAGUUCUCCCAAAGCAGCACUGAGAUAUGCAGCAGUCAGAACUCUCAAUAAGGUGGCGAUGAAGCACCCAUCAGCUGUGACGGCCUGUAACCUGGACCUGGAGAACCUGAUCACCGACUCAAACCGCAGCAUUGCCACCCUGGCCAUCACCACGCUGCUGAAGACCGGCAGCGAGAGCAGCGUGGACCGACUCAUGAAGCAGAUCUCCUCCUUCGUCUCCGAGAUCUCGGACGAGUUCAAGGUGGUGGUGGUGCAGGCCAUCAGCGCUCUGUGCCAGAAGUAUCCCAGGAAGCACAGCGUGAUGAUGAACUUCCUGUCUAACAUGCUUCGAGACGAUGGUGGCUUCGAGUACAAGCGGGCCAUCGUGGACUGCAUCAUCAGCAUCAUCGAGGAGAACCCCGAGAGCAAGGAGACCGGCUUGGCCCAUCUGUGCGAGUUCAUCGAGGACUGCGAGCACACGGUGCUCGCUACAAAGAUCCUGCACCUGCUGGGCAAGGAGGGCCCUCGGACCCCCCAACCCUCCAAAUACAUUAGGUUUAUCUUCAACCGGGUGGUGCUGGAGAGCGAGGCCGUCCGUGCAGCUGCCGUCAGCGCGUUGGCAAAAUUCGGCGCGCAGAACGAUGACCUCCUGCCGAGUGUCCUGGUUCUCAUGCAGAGGUGCAUGAUGGACAGUGAUGAUGAGGUGCGCGACAGAGCGACAUUCUACAUGAACGUUCUCCAGCAAAAGCAGAAGGCUCUGAAUGCUGCCUACAUCUUCAACGGUCUGUCCGUCUCCAUCCCCGGUCUGGAGAAGUCGCUGCACCAGUACACCCUGGAGCCGUCAGAGAAACCCUUCGAUAUGAAGACUGUCCCGCUGGCCACCACACCCAUCUCAGAACAGAAGACGGAAAUCGCUCCUGUUGCAACCAGCAAGCUGCCAGAAAAGUUGGCUCCAUCCCGCCAAGACAUUUAUCAGGAACAAUUGGCGGCUGUGUCAGAAUUCCAGGGUCUCGGCCCGCUCUUCAAGUCCUCUGAACCCGUGCAGCUGACGGAGGCGGAGACAGAGUACGUGGUGCGCUGCGUCAAACACACGUUCAGCAGGCACAUGGUCUUCCAGUUUGACUGCACGAACACACUGAACGACCAGCUGCUUCAAAAGGUCAUGGUGCAGAUGGAACCGUCGGAGGCCUAUGAGGUCAUACACUAUGUCCCCGCCCCCAGCCUCCCUUACAGCCAGCCCGGCUCCUGCUACACACUGGUCCGUCUCCCUGAUGAUGAUCCCACUGCUGUGUCAUGUACCUUCAGCUGUACAAUGAAGUACCUCGUCAGAGACUGUGACCCCAACACAGGAGAGCCUGACGAUGAUGGUUACAAUGACGAGUACGUGCUGGAGGAUCUGGAGGUGACGGUCGCAGAUCACAUCCAGAAGAUUUUGAAGCCAAACUUCGGAGCGGCCUGGGAUGAAGUGGGAGAUGAAUUUGAGAAGGAAGAGACUUUCGCCCUGGCGUCCGUGCGGACUCUCGAUGAGGCGGUGGGUAACAUCAUCAGCUUCCUUGGGAUGCAGCCGUGUGAGCGCUCGGACAAAGUGCCCGAGAACAAGAACUCUCACGUCCUGUUCCUCGCUGGUGUGUUUCGGGGCGGUCACGACCUGCUGGUCCGAUCCCGCCUGGCGGUGGCAGACGGUGUCACCAUGCAGGUAACGGUUCGCAGCAGUGAUGAAACGGCCGUUGACAUCAUCCUGGCCUCGGUGGCUUAAAGCGGCAGAGUUCUUCCGCCGUCACAGCACUGCUGUGAGGAUUCUGUCUGACCUGAAACACGCUGAAAUUUUGUGUAAACAUCACGUCUCUGUUCUGAAUGCUUCUGUUCUCACAUCUACAAUAAAUCCCGUCAAUAGAAUGAAACUUUUUUUUUAAUAACAAAACUAAUUUUAUUUGCAAAAAGGAGGGGAAAAAAAACACCCAGAAGAUGAACUUUUUCAUUUAACAUUGAGAAGAUGUAGAAAAUCAAAGUUCAUUCAGAAUGUAGAUGUGUUUGCAUACUGUUUUGAUCAGGAUUUUAACAAUCGCCACCAAAUGGAAACAAGCGGCUCCACACGUGAGUCCUCUGAGGUUCACUGAACACGGCUGAGAUGAUCACUGUACUUAAUAUUGCCGGCCUGAUGCUGGUGCAGAUCAACGUUUGGUACUUUUGCAACACUGAAAGGAUAAGUUCACUUUUUUUAACAACCUGUCGCAUCUCUAAGCGCUUCAUUUGCAUUUGACAAUCACCGCUUUUGUGAAAAAUCCUUUGUUCAUGUCCGCAAACAAAAGUUUGGAGGUAUGUAGGACUCAGCACAUGUGACCGUUUGUU